GGGAUCUCGGCGGCGACGGAGCACAAGAUAUUGGGCCUUCAAGCUGAUGCGCGGCAGCGCGAGGUCGAGGCGGCAGCCCGCUGGAGCGACGUUGACAGCGCCAUCAGCGAGCAUGGAGCCAUGGCCGGGCCUUUGAAGGGCCGACCCGGCUAUGCGCCUUCGCCAUCAUGCAGUGUCGGGUUCCGCGAGUACUCGAAGGUGUCGCUGCAGGGUGGCGCGCGCGACGCGCCGUCGCUCAUCUCCACGCUGCCUUCGGAGGCGAGGAUGCAGCUCGAGGAUUUCGAGAGGCGUGUGCCCCAGCCCGCGCAGGCCGCGGACGUCGGCCUGGUGGCUUUCACUCGCGAGCCCGAGAAGGCCGACGAGCUCAGGUUGAUAUUGGACUGCCGCCGCGCCAACCAGCUGUUCCACAAGCCCCCGGGCGUCUCUCCUGAGCGGAUGUGGCUGACGAAGACCUCGGGCGGUGACAUCCGCCGCAACUUUUGCUGGCCGCCGCUGGCGGCCUGGCAUUCUGGCAUCAGCGAGCUCGUUGGUGUUGUGCUGGGGCCAGGCGAGAAGCUCUCGGACUGGGAGCCAUCGCCGGCGCUGGGCGGGCCUGGCGUCAUGGGGCACGCGGGCCACUGCAUGGGCGUGGACAGCGCUGGCGUGCUGUCUUUCGACGGCGGCCUCGUCCGCCAGGUCCCGGGCGAGGCUCGGCGGGGCGUCGACCGCGACGCGCUGCGCUUCCACGAGGUGGAGGUCCUCAGGCACGGCGUGGCUUCGCUGGGCUGGCACCUGGACGGCGACAGUCGCGUCGCCCGCCCCAGCAGCCAGCGCUUCGGCCUGGCGCGCCAGGGCGUGCGCGGCCUCCUGCGUCUCAGGAAAGUCGCCGGCUGGCAGGUCGAGGGCCGCGUCGCCUUCCUGUGCCUCAUGCGGCGCGAGCGUCUCUCGAUCUUCCACGCGGUGUGCCGCUUCGCGCGGGGGUCCUGCGGCAAGUUCCAACCGCUGUGGGCUACCGCCAGGGAGGAGCUCGUCGCGUUCGUGCGGGCGACGGUGUUCGUCGAGGACGUGGCGGCGGUGGGUCGCGUGCCAGAGCUGAGUCGCUACCGGCUGGGUGGCGCCCGCGCCCGUGAGCACGCUUUCAAGGUGGCUGGCAUCAAG